CUCUUUAAGCAGCAGGAGCCGAUAUCCAAGUACGCUGCGCCAGCGGGUCGCGCGCCGCCUGUCCGGCCUGGCCGCGGACGCAAGCUGAUGGCCGGCAUGAUGGUGGGCGACGCCGGAAGUAGCAGUUUCAGCACACCCCGGCAGAUGUCGUCCGUGCUGACCGAUCAGGACAGGAAGGCAGCCGCGCUGCCCAUUGAGGUGUUUGGGGAGCCUUUGGUUGAGCACUUCUACGCCAAGAGUUUCCUCCAGAAGGAGGAAGGGUUCCGUGAUCUGAUGAAUGACCUGAAGAGCGGCGAUGAGAGCGUGAAAGCGGACAAGAAGACCCGGGCUGCCACCUUCCUGCUUAUGCGCGGACUCAAGGACAAGAUGUACACUGUCAGCCAGCAGGCUGUGGAGGCGCUGGCCUACCUGACCGGGCCCUAUGCCAGCCGACACAAGACGUCCAAGCGCGAGCUGAGCAACACGAUGGAGGCGGCACUGCCGGAGCUGAUCCAGAAGCUGGGCGAGAACGCCACGCGCGUCCAGACAAUGGCCGCGGAGGGCCUGCUGCAGCUGGCGGAGACGGCGCACGGCCGUCGCAUGCCCGACGUCACGGCGGCGCUGGCUGCCCCGCUGCGGGGCGCCGUCCACACCCGGGUCGCCCUGGGCAGGAUCGAGACCGUCGAGAAGAUCAUCAUCAAGUACGGCGUCACCAACGAUGACGGACCGCAGUCCACCGAGCAGCUGGCCAAGUUCGCUCUCUCGGCGCUGGAGCAGCCUGGCGACCAGCUGCGCGCGGCCGGCUCCCGGCUGCUGCUGCUCGUGUACCCCGAGGACAGGCAGGUGGUGCGCAGCCUGCUGACAUCUGGCGGAAAGAACAAGAACUCCAACUACCGAUCCCUGCUAGCAGAGCUUGACAGGUUGGACGGCAAGCGGGCGCCGGUGGCUUCGCUGCGGCUCGAGGCGCAGCUGCAGCCGGUCCGGGAGGAGGCCGAGGCCAAGCAGCGCGCAGGCCACGCCGACAGCCCCACCCCUCAGCCGCGCGCUGCGCUCCAAGACGGUGGCGCCCAUUGUCGAGGCCGAGCCGACGGCCACGACGACGACGACGAGAGGUGA